GGCAUGUUUUGUGUUUUUUUUUUUCACGUUGUGGCUGAUAGUGUAAGCAAUAAACAGUUAUUUAAGGGGAAGACUUUUGCUGACCAUCUGCCAGGUGUAAUUUCCCACCUCACCAUGUCCUCAGAAAACAUCUUGGAUGAUGAGGACACCUUCAAGAUCCUGAUAGCUACAGAUGUUCACCUUGGUUACCUUGAGAAGGACGCUAUCCGUGGCGGUGACUCCUACAGCACACUAAAUGAAAUCCUGAAAUGUGCCAAAACAAAUCAGGUAGAUUUCAUCCUCCUGGGAGGUGAUUUGUUCCACGAGAACAAGCCAUCACGCCGAUGCCUCCACAACUGCAUAUCCAUGUUAAGGCAGUACUGUAUGGGAGACUCGCCUGUACGCUUCAACAUCCUCAGUGACCAGACCGUCAACUUCAACACAACCCAGUUCCCCUGGGUUAACUAUCAGGAUGAAAACCUGAACAUCUCAAUACCUGUGUUCAGCAUUCAUGGCAACCACGAUGACCCAACUGGAGCCGAAGGUUUGUGUGCAUUGGAUCUGCUAGGUGCUUCUGGUCUUGUCAAUCACUUUGGUCAUUCCCACUCAGUGGAGAGGAUAGAGAUUAGUCCCAUCCUCAUGCAGAAAGGCAGCACCAAGCUGGCCUUAUAUGGUCUUGGUUCUAUCCCAGAUGAGCGCUUGUACAGGAUGUUUGUCAACAACCAGGUAACCAUGCUUCGUCCCAAAGAAGACCAAGACCAAUGGUUUAACCUCUUCACCAUCCACCAGAACAGGAGUAAGCACGGUCCCACAAAUUACAUUCCUGAGCAGUUUCUGGAUGAGUUUCUUGACCUGGUGGUCUGGGGUCACGAACAUGAGUGUCUGAUAACGCCGACCAGAAAUGAACAACAACUCUUCCAUGUGACGCAGCCUGGGAGCUCUGUCGCUACAUCGCUGUCCCCUGGAGAGGCUACCGAGAAGCACAUCGGGCUGCUGAGGGUGAAAGGUCGCAAGAUGAACCUGCAAAAGAUCCCCCUAAAGACUGUGCGGCAGUUCUUCAUUCAGGAUGUUGUGCUGGCUGACCACCAAGACCUCUUCACACCUGAUACACCUCAAGUCACAAAGAAGAUUGAGAACUUCUGCUAUGCAAAGGUCACAGAGAUGUUAGAAGAAGCAGAAAGGGGAAGACUUGGAUGUCCACUCACCCCAGAGAAACCACUAAUUCGCCUGAGGGUGGACUACAGUGGAGGUUUUGAGGCAUUUAACGUCGCUCGCUUCAGUCAGAAGUUUGUCGACCGCGUCGCCAACCCAAAAGACAUCAUUCACUUUCUCAGACGCCGUGAGCAAAAGGAGGACAUCAAAGAUGAAGUCAAUGUUGACUAUGGUAAGCUGGUAAAAACGACUGCUAUUGAGGGGCUGAGAGUGGAGGACCUGGUCAAACAGUACUUUGAGGCAGCUGAACAGAAGGUGCAGUUGUCCCUGCUGACUGAGCAGGGCAUGGGAAAGGCCAUUCAGGAGUUUGUAGACAAAGAUGAGAAGGAUGCCAUCGAGGAGCUGAUCACCUACCAGUUAGAGAAGACGCAACGGCAUCUUCAGGCCAGAGGAGUAAUCACAGAGCAGGAUAUAGAUACAGAGGUCCGGCUAUUUAGAGACUCCAAAAAGAACACGACAGAGGAAGAAAAUGAAAUCAAAGAAGCCAUGAACAGAGCCAAAGCUCACCGGCUGGAGCGAGGUGAUGAUGAUGUUUUAGAUGCGGCCAUACUAGAUGAUUUUGCAACGCCCAUGGACUCAGAUGAAGGCUCAGAUUCAUUUCCUGCCCCUACACGAGGCAGAGGGCGAGGAGGCCGAGGACGGGGUAGCCGGGGGAGGGGGAGAGGUGCAGCUGCCUCUGAACCAAAGCCAGCCGGUCGGGGUCGUUCCCAGAAAUCCUCAACAGCAACCCAAAGCAGAAGCAUUAUGCAGGCAUUUCAAGCUUCAUCGCAGAGACCUUCUCGGAAAGCAGCCACCACAUCUUACACAGCCGAUGCGAUGAGCAUUGAGGACUCAGAUGAAGAUACACCUGUAUUGAAAACUACCCGGCCCCCUCCAAAACCAGCGUCGUCAUCGGCAUCCUUCUCUAAGUACAGCUCUCAGAGCCAGAGCCAGUCAUCUAGAGGAAUUGCAUUUGAUGACAGUGAUGAUGAGGAGGAGGAUAACCCUUUCAAAGGCCGCAGCCAUCGUUCCCGGAGAUAACCACAAGUGCAUCUAUUAUAUAACGUGUGUUAAUGUUGUUGAUUUUUAACAAAUCGCUGUUAAUACUUAUUAGCAAGUGAGCUCUGAAGGACUUAAGAUGCAUGUUUCAAUGUUCUCUGCACUCAGUCUUCCUAAUGGUGACAUAAAUAAUUAGGUUGGUCAGCAAGUGUUUGUUGCUGAGAGUAAAACCAUCCAAUCAGUCUGUUUUCUGGUGAAAGGGCUAAGCUAAGUGCUACCGGGGGCAAAGUAGAGAAAAGAUUUAUGAGUGAUAUCCAAAGUUUUCACAACCUCAUUUGCUGGCCACCACUUGGACCUAUUAACUGGUGAAGUGCAUCCGCUUCUGACUGUUGUUGGGUUUUGUCAUGAGCUUUUGUAGUUCAGGAAAUAAAUGUUUUUUCAUUUAUAUAA